GUCCUCCUCACACCAUGCUGUCCUCAUCUCCUGAGCAGGCUGGGUGCUCUACUUAGGGUCAGCAGAGAUCUGUUGGUGGUGAUCUGAGACCUUUUCCCAGAGCCUGAACUGCAGAGAAGUUGGUUUGAAGCCCCUUAUGAAGGUGCCAGAAUUGACCGAGAGAGCCUGAACCAAUCUGUAGCUUGAGAAAUGUUUGCACUCUGAGAUGACAGACAGUGGGCUUGUAAUGCUCACUGCCUGCUGGACAGGCAGCCAGGCCUCAUGGAGUGAUUGGAGCAGUCCAGCAGUCCUCAUUAGAGGCUCCAAGGUUUGGGAAUGAACUGUAGUGUUUUGAUCUGGGUGGAAGACAAGGUGUAUUGGCAUCACCUGUUGUGUGGUGUCAGCAGAAGAGGGAUCCAGAGCUUGAUUCAAGCUUUGUGUAGCCCAAAAAAGUUAUAGUCUCUGAUCCAGAGCACAUCUUUUAAGCUGAAUAGAUUGGACCAGACUUCUCAAAUAGUUCUAACUUUUAGUAAAUACCCUUUGGGCUCUCUCAGUGCCUACUGCGAGCACACCCUUGAUUUUAGGAAACAGUUUUACUGAGUAAAAUGUACUUUUAUCCCCUCUAUGUUGCAGGUGAUUGAACCUGAUAAUUCAGUGAGCUGAGGUGAUCUCAAGAGAACAAUGUUUUAGGACACAGCUGAGUUAUUGAGGGAGGGCUGCAUCCUUGCAUCUUUGCAAGGCUGAAUUUUAAAGAUCCCAGAAGAUGGUGUCUGCUUGCAUCCUGGUGCCAAGGUACUGACGACAGUGGAUGUCACUGGAGUAGUUGUCUCACAAAGAGAAGAUUGGCCCUGCCAGCCUAUGAUUGCUGCUGCUCCCCAGAUCAGUGAGACAGGGAAGGUCACAGGAGUCUGGGAGGUCUCCAGAUUCACUGAGACUGUGUCCAAUUUCCAAAAUCUGCCAGCAGUACUGCUCUGAGCUCUGUGGGUCCUAGGACCUGGGAACUUGGCCUUGGAGUACAUAAAAGCUUUAGGGUGGCUGUACCAUGAGCUCACCUUUCCACUCACCUUCCCCAUCACUCUUUCCCUGUGCAGUCUGACACAGUUUAUCUGUUUUCAUUUUUUAUCACAAGUGUGAAGCUAGUAGUUGACAGAACCCUUUUUGGAGGAGGAGAGGAUUAUUGUUGGGUAUGUCCUGAAGCAAAAGUUUGAGAAUAAUAUUCUGGGGAAAUAGUGGAUAGAUCAAACUCUGAGGCCUGCUUCAGAGUAAGGCCUGUGGGAGGUCUGAGGUUCACCUUGGCUGGGGGAUGUCCCAGCCAAUUUGGUCAGUGCUGCACAGAGCUGCUGGCCCAGCCCCAGCGCAGCUCUGACUUGCCCUUUGUUGCCCCUGUGCCAACAGGUAACCAGCACAUGCCUCCCUGCCUUUGUAGGCUGUUCUGCUUCCUGGCCUUGCCAUCUCCUGGCCGGUACAUUGCUGACAGAGCAGUAAGGGACAGGUGUCAGCCUGCCUUGCUGACAGGGUUACAAAAUGGAUUCCAGGACCAAACCCAUUCUACAAAACAUCAGGAUUAAAUAUUGAAAUCCUUGGCAUUGCCUGUGUGCUUAAAAGUGCUGAGGAAAAGGGCUUUAUCAAGAGGGAGGAUCAGCUGAAACUGCGAAUUGUCCCUUGGGCUCCUGGUUCUUCCCAUGGAGCAUCUGUGCUCCCCUGCCUUUGGCUCUGCUUCCAUGAGGUGCUUCCAGCCCUGUUGCUGGACCAGAAGACCGGGGAUAGAAGGGAGCCCAGUGAACUGGGACAACAAGGAACAGGAGAGGAGCAGAUAAGGGAGCAGAUUUUUUUGCAGGUUGCUCAUGGAAGCAGUUCUCCAGUUAGGGCAGUGGGUGGGGAGAGUAUCCUCAGACUCCAGGUGUAAUCCCUGUGCUUGCUGCAGCACUUGACUCAGCCAGGCCAGGGGCUGGGCACAGUUCUCUGUUCCCUACUUCUCUGUCAGCCAGCAGCCUGCCCUUUUUGGAUUUGUGUUUUGUGUUGGGGCCGCACUGUCUGUCCUACAGAUGGGCCAGGGCUUCCGCAGCCAGACUGUAACUGGAAAUCUGCCCUUGUAGCUCGGUUGGAAGGAACAGCAGCCAGAGCCCCAGACAGCCCUCUCACUCUCAUCCCUCAGAGCCCAUUUGUGAGUCUGUAAUGUGCUGACCAUAAUAAAGGGGAGCUCCCAUGAUGAGGGAACGUUUCCAUCAUUACCUGUAACCAUUAAGGGGAGGAUCUUGUGCUUGUCCGUACUGGAAUCACUCACUCUUCUGCCUCAUGAGCUGUUGAUAGCAGCACCUGAGGAGGAGGUCAGUAAUCCUCCAGGAAGUGAGUGAUACAUCCUGGCCUUUGAUUUAGCCUGCUCAAACAGGCCUACUUCUUAAAUUUAACGGGCUUUAGCAAAAAUUUUACUGUGUUAAUUAAAAAUACUAAUACAGUGAAUUAUUUAUGGCAAGUAAUUCCACAAAAGGGUACAGAAAGAAAAAAUUUCCACAAGAUCUUAGUAAGGUACAACAUGAUCUUCUCUAAUAUGAUUCCACAAAAGCCUUCAUGGCUAAACCUCAGGCUUUGUCCCAGCCAAAGCAAACAUCUUUCAUGUGAUUUCAGCAUAACAGGGUCUUACUGGUUCAGUGAUGGUCUGGAAGGUUAGGAAGUGAGUUGUAUUCACUGCUUGUUGCUUUUUUCUUCUCUCUUAAAAGUCUCAUCAUUCAGAAGCAGAAAGGUAAUUGUAAACUACCUGUAGCUUGCAAAAUGCAGCUGUCGGUGAGGCAUAAUCCCCCUGCAUGCUCACAACAAUGGUUGAAGCAGACUUUAUUUAAAGGAAAAUGAGUAGCAGCUAAGUAAAUGCACAAGAGGGAGUAAUUUAACCAACCCAUUGGAUGAAAGUCAGGGUAGGGCAAGAGGAGUCAUGGGACUGUUUAAGUCUCUCAGAAAUGUGAUGAGUUAAUGAGCAAUAACUACUUUAUGUACCAUUACUGGGCCCCUCCUACACUCAGGAGUAUUUCUACAUUUCUCAUGCAACCUGCUUGUGUGACGAAUCCAUACACACACUGCACCCAAUUAGUGUGAAGCAUUAGAGCUGCUCUGCCUGUCUCACCUCUCUAAACCCCUCCUGGAAGCAAUUUUCCCAGCAUACAAAGAAUAAAUCACCAUUUUCCUAAAUCUCUCAGAGAACAGCUCCCAAAUAAGGGCCAAGUAAACACAUGUAAUACAUGAUAUUCUAUUUAUUAGUUAAUCUUCCCAGCAGUAGAUGCAGGGUAUUAUCUGCUUUAAGUGUGCAAUGUUACAUGAAAUUAAAAAUGUCAGGGGAGGUGAGACAAGGCACUUGAAUAGGCACUUGUAGAAAAGUAGUGGAAUACCUUGCUUAAACAAACACAAACCCCAAUCCUUUCCCCCUCUAAAAGAAUAACAAAAAUACCAAAAAACCACAGCAAACAGCCAAACAAACUGGAAAAGAAAAAAAAUGCACACCUACUAUAGGAACUAUAACUUACUUUACCUGUGUCCCAGUCUCUCAAGAAGCAUCGGGAGAUGAAGUGAAGAGAGCAGAGGAGGGAAUCCUUCCUGGGGUACCAAUUGCAGCAGGGUUAAACCAUUAGGUGAAUUUGACAAAUGACAGCAUGACCACACGUUGUGUAAUCAAUAGCCACUGUGCUAUUGGAGUGUCCCAAGGAGCCUCCUUUGACACUGGCUGUCACUCUUCACAGACAUUUUCAGGUGACCAAACAUCUGCCACCUUCUGCUGUGGUGCACUGGAGGAAUUUUCCCCAUCCUUUCCUUCUCUUGUUUCUUUGUGGUAAAGGCUGGCUGGCUCAGAAAGCAUCACCUGCCAGUGAGGGAGCAGCUGCCCUGAAAAGCAAACAACCCUGGGGUGGCUCCAGGUAACUUGUGCUGAAGAGAUGUGUGUCAGAGGUGGCUGAGAAAGGCUCCAGGGGAGCACCCAUGACCUUACAGCACACAGAUGAUGAGCAGAGCCAGAGGCUUAGUGUUGUCAGUGCCCUCUGUGGCUGCUGGGGACAAGUGGGGUGGAGGGCACAUUUCCCUUUGCUGUCCCUGGCCCAGCUGCACAGGUGUUCCACCUGUGCCUCCCUGGGAUGCCCUGAGCAGGAGGGUGGCAUGCCUGGGCUUCCAAAUCCCCGUCAUAGUGUCCCUGCUUAGCUUUACCAGAGCCCAGGGCCUCUCCCCACAGAGUGGGUUCCAUGUCCCCAGUGCCCCCCUCAUGUCCCAGAGAGGCCAAACAAGUGGGCCUGGGUCUCCAAGCUGAGCAGGGGCUGUGCUGGAGCAGCCACGGGCAGGACUGAGGGGUCCUGGCUGCUCAGGGCUACUGAGGAACAUUAGUGCCUGAGGCAGGCUGGGAGCUGCACAGCUCCUCUCUCCGUGCCAGCGGGAUCAGCCCUUGGUCACCUUGGCUCAGGGACGUGGGAGCACAGAGCUGGAGUGUGACCUCGUAGCCAGAGGAGCCGCCACCGCUCAUCCCAUGAGUCAGGGGAGGCCACGUGAGGCCCCAGCCCGACGCCUUCCCACCCACUGGGAAUGCUGGCACUGGGAUCCUGACCCAGCAUCCUGAGCCACCACACAGCCUGAAGAGCUUUGCAACAACUACAGAGAGGCACAUGGUGCGAAAGGAGAAACAUAAACCAGGAAGAAACUCAGCUUUCACUAAGGCUACAGCCCUCCAGGACAUCUUCCUGUGGAACCAACUGCUGGGACCAACCUAAGACUUGCAGGCACAGCAAUGGAGAAUUUGGAUGUCCCAAUCCCAGAUCUUACUGAAGAACAGCAAGACAUUUUUCAGAGAGUUUUUGCUGCUGAUGCCAAGUACUUGGAGAAUCAUGAAAAAAUGAACCAGUCCUUCUGGGAAUCACUUGUAAAAUGCUUGGCUGCUACUGACCCAGCUAUCCUGGAUACUGAAGAAAAGAACAAUCUCCUUAACAGCUGUGAUGUCCUCCCUGGAGGCUGUGCUGCCUGCCUGGAAACCAUAGAGAAGAAAGGAGUCAGGGCAAUGGCUCUUCUUUACCUUUUGCUGAAGACUUCCAAUCCAUCUGGGUACAGGCAGCUGCCCAGCUCCAAGGGAAAGGAUGAAAAAUUGAAACUCCUGAAGAGAUUGGAAAGGAAUUUUGUAUAUUCAGAAGAGGACAAAAAGUCUGAAAAGUCAUCCCAUAAGUCCACGGAUGAAGAUACACAAGACAGUGAUGAGGAAGAUUUAGGAAGACAGAAGACUGAAGGCAAAUUACUUGAAGGAAUACCAGCAGAGAUGGUUCCCUACAGAGAUUCAGAGAUUGCCAGAAGAGAAGAUUCAGAUGCAGAUGCAUAUGUGGAGAGCACUCACCCCCCUCAGUGGACAGUACGGUGGAUGGGCAUACGGAAGGAUGAUGAAUUCUUUCAUUUUGUCAUUCUUUGCUUUGCAAUUGGAGCUUUGCUAGUUUGCUACUACUAUUACAAAGAUUGGACUAUUUCUCUUGGGAUUGGUUUAAUCACCUUUGCUUCCCUGGAAACCACUGGGAUAUACUUUGGCCUGGUGUACCGAAUUCGGAGUGUCCUUGACAGCUUUGUUCCUUUCAUUGACAGAUUCAAGCCAAGAGGCAUGAGGAAAGCUGCCUAGGAGGAGUAUUUCAGGAGAGUUCCCCAAACCUGGCUGUCCAAAUUUCCAGUACUAAAGGAACUGCUUUAUGAGGUGAACCUAACCAAAUGGCCAGUGUGGAAUACUGAAAUGUGAAACCUCUGAAAAACAUCACUCCUUUCCCUCCAAAAUAAACCUGAAACUGGGGUACAGGGCCCCACUGUGGAUUCUGAAGCGGUUUGGGGCUUAUCAGAGCUUGGAAGACAAUGGAGAUGUAGCUUUGUGUUCAGUUCCAUCUAAAUAUAAACACUGACCUCUCCCCCAGGCUGCCAUGUUGUUGGUGGUGCAGCUCUCAUUCGUAACAAACCACGCCAAUCUGCCUGUGCUGUACCAAAAUCAACAGACCAAGGUCCUGUGCUGGUUCUGGCUUAGGCUCUGGCUGUUCCUGGAGGAAUUCUGGCCUCCUCCUCCCCCCGUGCUGCCCAGAGCAGGCAGAGGCUGGCGCUGCUCUCCCAGCUGAGCCCUGGCAGUGCCGGCACUGGGGCUGAUUAAUUGAUUGUGGCAGAACCCGGAGCAGUGGGCGGGCAGUGGUUUCACCCGAGGAGAGCUGGGGAGAUGUUACAGGCACUGACAGAGUGCUGCAGAAAUGAGAUUAUUAACAACAGCAGAUUUCAUCUUUUCUCAGGAAAAACAAAGUGCUUGAUUUGACUCAUCCCCCAACCUUUUUCUUUCUUUGAGUAAAAUAAACACGUAACUUUGA